AUGCGCGAAUCAUUCCAGCAGACCAUUCUCAACAACAGUUUCGCGGAGCUCAAAUACUUUGAUGGAAACAAGCGGCUUCUCAGAGACACAGCUGGAAGUCCGCUGCAGGAAUAUUGGCUUGAGCGCGAUCAGACGGGAACGUAUCCUCGCGAACUGCACGCCGAACUUGCAAAGGAUGGAUGGAUUGGGAUCGCGUUACCCACUGACCUUGGUGGUGGAGGACUGGGGAUUUCAGAAGCGACGAUGAUGCUCCAAACGAUUUCUGAGAGCGGCGCCGGCAUGGCAGGAGCUCAAUCCAUCCACGCCAACGUCUAUGCCACCCAGCCAGUAGCGAAAUUCGCCACCGCAGAGCAACGGAAAGAAAUGCUCCCCAGGUUGAUUGCUGGAGAUUGGCGCGUUUGCUUCGGAGUUACUGAGCCCAACACUGGCCUCAACACGCUUGCUCUUAAAACGAAGGCAGUCAAAUCUGCAUCUGGCGACUCCUAUUCUAUCAGCGGGCAAAAGAUCUGGAUUUCCUCUGCCCAAGUUGCCCAGAAGAUGGUCCUUCUUGCGCGGACGACGCCAUUGGAGGAAUGCAAGAAGCCGUCAGAGGGCCUGAGUCUUUUCUUUAUCGACUGCGACCAGACGAAGCCGGGGCUGGACCUGAAGAAGAUUUCCAAGAUGGGCGCUCGAGCAAUCGACGCAAAUGAGGUAUUCUUCGACGGCUACCAAAUCCCCGCGAACUCCUUGAUCGGGGAGGAGGGACAAGGGUUUAAGAUCGUCCUUCACGGUAUGAACGCCGAACGUUGUUUACUUGCCGGCGAGGCACUGGGUCUCGGAUACGCCGCGCUAUACCGAGCAUCGAAGUACGCCAAAGAGCGCGAGGUUUUCGGACGCCCGAUAGGCAUGAAUCAAGGGAUUGCGCAUCCGCUGUCGAAGGCGUAUAUGAACCUGGAAGCCGCGAAGCUGGCGACGUAUCACGCAGCUCGCUUGUACGAUCAGAGUGUGGAGGACAAGAGCAUCAGCCAGCAAGCAGUAGGCGUAGCUUGCAACAGUGCGAAAUUUUUGGCGGCCGAGGCGGCGUUUAAGGCUUGUGAGCGGGCCGUUUUGACGUUGGGUGGGAUGGGAUACGCGGCAGAGUACCAUGUUGAGAGAUAUCUGAGGGAGUGCUUCAUUCCUCGAAUUGCGCCAUAUUAG